CGUUGCAAAUGCAAAACUUAACAAUUUUUCUCGCCUGGAGUCCACGCUUCGCCUCCUUGGUGUACAGUUUAAUGAGAAUGUGGCCCAAGACAUAAUGACAGGACAGCAUGGGGCUGCAACAAAGCUUUUGUAUGAAUUGUUUAUUGCUUUAGAAAAAAAGCGAAAGACAAAGCUCACUGGAGUAGCCAUGGAAGCAAUGAGACCUUCAGCAACUGCAAAGCUUAAGUCUAUUGAAAGUGUUUUGUAUCGAGAGCGUUUGAAAACUUUAAUGCCACGUCAGGCUGAUUUGCAACUACAGCAGAUUUCAGAACACUUUGAAACAAAAUCUAAGGCAAUAGAAGAUAAAGUGGCUCAUAUACAUAUUGCAGAACAACAGAAGGUUCAGAAGCUCCAAGAGGAACAAAGAGCUCAAGACAUUGAAAAGCACCGCAUGGGAAGAAGGAGACAAAAUGAAAUAAUGGCCAGGAUUCAUGCAGCCAUUAUACAGGUUCCAAAGCCACCAAACAGCAGUAUAAAAGCUAUUGAAGCCAAAUCUUUCUUAAAGAAGAAAAGAGAAGCAGAGAACACAUACAAGGAGAUCAAAAAGUUUGAGAAUGAUAUACAAGAAUCAUUGCAAACACAGAAGCUGCAAGCAACAACCCUAGAAACUACAUCACAGACAGAAACUGCACUGUUAAAUGUUUAUUCAGAUGAUGAAUAUAUAAGAAAAAUUCAAAAACGUUUGGAGGAAGAUUCAUCUGCUAGAGAACAACGAGAAAAGAGACGACGAAAAAUGCUAAUGGAACAGUUAAUAGCACAUGAAGCACAAGAGGAGGCUUACCAGGAGGAACAACUUAUUUACAGACUAACAAGACAAUCUCAACAGGAGCGGAGGAUUGCUGUUCACCUCAUGCAAGUUCGACAUGAAAAAGAGAUGUUAAGGCAAAACAGAAUUUUCAGGGAAAAACAAUAUGAAGAAAGACAACUGAAAGAGUUCCAGGAAGCUCUUAACAGGGAAGCGGCUCUGGCAAAACAAGAAAAAAUUGAUUAUGAAGAACAAAUUAACAAAGAAAGAGAACAUCAUGAGAAAAUUGCUGUUGAAAGAGCUCAGACUCGUUAUAAAAAGCAUUAUUCUAUAUGUUGGGAAGUGAUUAACCAAAUCAUUGAUUUGUCAACAAAAGUAGGAGAAUACCGUAUACUGACAAACAACAAAAUUCCAUUAAAACUGAUGUGUGAUUGGAAGGAAUUUUUUUUCAAAGGAAAACUGAUAUAUGAACAAGCUUCAAGUCAACCUUUGCCAAAUGAACCAAGUCCAGACCAACUUGUAGAGCUGAAUAAAAUGAAUCUGUUAGAUGAAAAAGAUUAUGGUGAAUACAAGGUACUAUCUGUUGGUGCUCUGGUUCAGGAGGCCAUCCAAGCUUUUCUUAAAAAUGAAGUGCAAAUUGAACACAAUGUGAUUCCACAGGAAGCAGAGAGUUCUGGGGAACAAAAUGAG